UGUAAAUAUUUGGAAAUAAAUUCAAGCUUGAAAUGAUACAUAGACCUCUUCUAUGCACAGUGGAGAGGGGGGUAAUGUGACCUUAGAUGACCAUAUUUGAUAAAGCCACAUAUCUCAUUAUCUGUUAUAGAUUAUUCAGAACGUUAAGAUUACACUGAAAAACUGAUAACUCUAUUUGAUUUUUAAAUCCACGGAUACAAAGUAGAUGCGAUCAAAUAUAGGUUGACAAAAAUUAUCCAUUGAGGUCCUAAAAAUUAAAACGGAAGUCGCUGAUGAAAAUUACAGUACAACCAGACACGAGAUGAUCUCUGCGCUUGAGGACAGACUUCAGAGAAUAGAAGCCAAACUUGAUAAUAUCCUUGAGCAGCGGACCAUCGGGAUACAACUACACAGAGCGCACGAUUACCCUGUGGCCCCACACAAGAUUGCCCUCAGGAAAGCCCACAGAAAACUGCUGCAAGAUUUUCAUCUGGAAUCAGAAAUUGACAAACUCAUUCAAUAUGACGUCAUAAACCGUGAAACUUUGGACGAAAUAAACAGCCACAAGAGCAGAACGAAUCAGUUGCGAAUAUUUCUGCUAAAACUUGGAUCCUAUGACGCCCAAAAAUUCAAUGCUUUUCUUGUAGUUCUAAAAGAAUCUCACGGCCAUUUGGUAGAAGAACUGGAGCAAUGUUUGAGGAAUGCCAAAGAGGAGGAUGUUAGUUUGUUUGAGGACGAUAAGUUAGAAGUGACGUGUGUACGAUGUCAAAUCAGUAGAAGAGUCCAGCCGGAGGAAGUCAUCGAUGAACUGUUUUCACGGGGGAUUAUAGGGGCCACGGCGUUAAGAAAAUACAUCGAUCCACAAUCAGAAUUUAAGGGAAGCAAGGUAUGGAAGUAUGUGUUUGAAAAUCUAAAACUGCUUCAAAGAAACAAAAUCAAUGUGGCCGAAAUAAUGCAAGAUAUCCUAGAGAAGAAUUACAUUGACAUCGCAGAAAGUAUCCGUUGUCAAGGUCCUACUUCGUGGGACUGUACGUGUGAGUUGUAUGAAGAUCUUUCUCUUAGGAGACUGCAUUCCAUAAGUAACGCAAGCUCUGAAAUCACACGGAAAUGUGCUUCUUGUUCAACUGCCACUGAACCCUUUAAUGAGGCGCAUGCUCAGCACAGACAAAUAGAAAGACCUUUCCUUACACCAACAGACAAUGGAGCAGCAUUGUCCCAUCAGCGAAAAAAUCCCGACAUUGUGAUUACUGCGGAGGACGAUUACGGAAAAAAAAUGUCAAGCGCUUACUUUGAUUAUGACAAAAAUGAGACACCAGCGGAGAAAACGACACCGAGUCUGACCGUGGAGCCUGACAAGGAACAAUUGUUGAAACCUCCCAACCAUCUACAUAAAAUACUAGCUACACACCAAGCGGACACACCCACACCCGACGUCACAUUCAAGAACCCGUGCUAUGAUGAUGAUGGAAACGCAUCUCCACCUGAGCAGGCUGGAAAGCAACACAAGAAAGUUCCAACAAAAAAGGAUAUCUGGCAACAGUUCUUCUCCAACUCGCAUGGUUCUUCCGUUGCAUCGAGUGAAUCAGGGGUAUGAUUGUGACGAUUUCAUCGUGACGUGCACCGGACAAUCAAAUUGUAUUUCAAUAAAAACUUUAUUUAUAAAAAUUCCAGCAUCCAAUGCAACGCAAGGUCAUUGACUCGUGGUAUGGUUCAAAAGACCUGCAAAACCAUCAAACAGUGUAGUUUGUCAUCAUGCCAUUAACUAUAAAGAUUUGGAGACCGCAGUUACAGCUCGUUUCACAAGCCAUGGCCCGGACUCCGAAUAAUUUUCUCAGAUGGAAGAGGAUUGCACAUAAUGAUAUUGGUCAUGAUUUUACGACGAUGCGAGGACCCUUUGUCGGUGUCACAGGGAAUCGGACAUGCGCCGCACGAUAAUCAUUUGACCC